AUGUUGAGGAUGAUGACAUCCAGUAAGGUCUGCUGGGUUGCACUGGGUUGCGGCCUGCUUGUGAUAGCGUCAGUUGUCACAGCUGCAGUCCUGGCUUCACUCCUUAUAUCUAAAGGGAAGGAUAACGAAGGGAAGCCAGAUGUUGAUGACAUAGUGAAGGUAUCAGCUUCUCCGUCAUGGUGGACAACAUUUUACAAGGACAACAGAUCAGCCUUUCCGACGUCUACCCUACCUCAUUUCUCAUCGACACUGUUUAAAGACGUCAAUGAGUGUGUCGCACGACCAUGUGGACAUGGCAACUGUGUGAACUACCCUGGUGGAUACCGAUGCACCUGCUUCCCUGGAUGGACAGGACAGAAUUGUCAGCAAGACAUCAAUGAGUGUACCACAAACCCAUGUCAACAUGGCCGCUGUGAGAACUACGCUGGUGGAUACAGUUGCACCUGCUUUACCGGGUGGACUGGAAACAACUGUCAGCAAGACGUCAAUGAGUGUGUCGCACGACCAUGUGGACAUGGCAACUGUGUGAACUACCCUGGUGGAUACCGAUGCACCUGCUUACCUGGAUGGACAGGACAGAAUUGUCAGCAAGACAUCAAUGAGUGUACCACAAACCCAUGUCAACAUGACCGCUGUGAGAACUACGCUGGUGGAUACAGUUGCAUCUGCUUUACCGGAUGGACUGGAAAGAACUGUCAGCAAGCCAUACCAUGCCAGGGUGGGUGGAGCGAAUAUAACAACCACUGUUACAAGCUGUUUAAAGACAAAGUCAGCUGGUCUACUGCAAACGAGAGGUGCAAACAACAUGGUGCAAAUCUUGCUUCUGUUACAAGCGCUGACGAGAACAACUUCAUUGCACGUCUCAUCUCGGAUGGUGAUCUCGUCUGGUUUGGACUAAAAACGGAUGGAAAUGGUUGGAAGUGGACCGAUGGCUCUCAAUAUACCUACAACAACUGGGCUCCGGGUGAACCAGGCCAGAGCUUUGUUUUGCAGAGUCGGAAAUGUGCCAACAUGUACGCCAAGGACGGCGGUUGGUAUUUUCUCCGCGCAUGGGGGGAGAAAGGAGAGUGGAACGAAGACGAGUGCUCCUGCCAUCGUCCCUACGUUUGCAAGACUCCUAAAUGA